UUGGAUUGGCUACAAAAGCGGAAAUAAGGCUAACAAUCUGCUGCUUUCAUUUGAGAGAAAAAUAGUCUUAUUUUUCGCAUAUUCGCUCCAAAAAUACUCGUUAUUUAGUGCAGAUAGUGGAGUUAAACUGACAUAAGAUAUAAUUGAAGAUAUAAGUUGUCGCCUGUGUCCUUGUUCCGUUUGUCAGCUGGCCGGAGUUCAGUAUGGAUGUCGACGCGGACGGCGCAGUGGCGAUGUCGGAGGAGUCGGGGAGGAGGCGAAAGGUGCACGGCAUGCUGAAGCUUUACUACGGGCUGAAUGAAGAAGGAAAGGCCCCAGAGCAACCGGAGUCUCUGAAUCCCUGCGACAUCAACGGGCCACAUUUUGACCCGGAGCUGUACCUUAACAAGCUCAGAAAGGAGUGCUCUCUUGCUGAGUUGAUGGACCAAGAGACCUGCAUGGUGAAGCAGAUCCGUUCUUUGGACAGCGACAUGCAGACCCUGGUCUAUGAAAACUACAAUAAAUUCAUAUCUGCUACAGACACCAUAAGAAAGAUGAAGAAUGAUUUCAAAAAGAUGGAAGAUGAAAUGGACUGCCUGUCUACAAACAUGGCGGCAAUCACUGACUUUAGUGUUCGGAUCAGCGGGACGCUCCAAGAUCAGCAUGCACAGAUCACCAAACUCUCAGGGGUCCACAUGCUGCUGAGGAAGCUUCAGUUUCUGUUUGAGCUGCCUGCGAGGUUGAACAAGUGUCUGGAGCUGCAGGCGUAUGCUCAGGCAGUGAGCUUCCACCGGCGUGCACGCUGCGUGCUGCAGCAGUACAGCCACCUGCCCUCCUUCAAGGGAAUUCAGGAUGACUGUCACGCCAUCAUGGAGAAGCUCGCUCAGGAGCUUCGACAGAAAUUCAGGGAUGGCGGUACGAGUGCCAAAGAUUUGUCUGAGUGUGUGGAGCUGCUCCUUCAAUUGGACGAGCCUGCAGAGGAGCUCUGUGAUAAAUUCCUUAGCCAUGCCCGGUCUCGACUCGAGUUAGAUCUCCAGAGCCUAGAAGCAGAGAUAAAACCCUACCCAGCUUCAAAGAAAGAAGCAUCUACACGCAGAUCCUCAGGUAACAUGUCCUCUGGAUCUCCGACUGAUAACUCCCCUAAGAUGAGCUCUCUGUCGUCUCCCACCUUGAACACAGACAUCUUGGAGUUCAUAGACAGAGGAUGCAAUGAAUUUGUGAGCAGCUUAUGUUUAGUGAUUACAUCCUAUCAAGAACUGUUCAUCAGCCAUGCUCAGACAGGGGAACUAGCUUCAAAGAACAUCCCUCAGAUGGCAAAUGGUAAGCUGCACACCUUUGUGGAUGAUUUGACCACCCGGUAUUUCUCACUCGUUGAGAGGAGGAUACAGGAAGAGAAAGGGGUUAGUGAUAACUCCCUCCUGGUCCGUGCACUCGACCGCUUCCACCGCAGGCUACAGGCUGUGUCCAAACUGCUGCCAGGCUCGGCGGUGCCCAACAGGGGGACAGAAAUUGUCAUAAGAGCAGCUACAGAGCGUGUGAAGCAGUACCUGUGUGCCCUGCAGAACUUCUACAUGGACAGCCUGACGGAUGUGAGACAGGCCUUGGCGACGCCUCGGCUCUCUGUGGCUGGAGGUGCAGCACAUCUAGGUGGACCUGUCACGGGUAGAGAUGCACCAACUAGCCUACCAGAGCUGCUCUCUUCUUUGUCAGCUUCUAUUCUCAACCAGAUUAAGUCGGUGCUGGCGUCGGUUCACCUCUUCACUGCUAAGGACAUCACGUUCUCCAAUAAGCCGUACUUCAAGGGGGAAUUCUGCAGCCAAGGUGUGCGCGAGAGUCUGGUGGUGAGCUUCAUCAAGUUUGUGUGCCAGUCCUCUCGCAACUUUUGUGAAAGCGCGGGAGACAAAGGAGGUUCCACUCCUCCAGCCCUUCUGUUGCUGCUGUCCCGGCUCUGUUUGGACUUUGAAACGUCCACCAUCUCCUACAUCCUCACACUCACAGACGAACAGUUCCUUGUGCAGCACCACAGUCCCAUAACACCGGUCACAGCUUUGUGCGCAGAAGCCAGAGAGGCGGCACAGAAACUACUCAAUCAUUAUGUCAAGGUUCAGGGUCUGAUCAUCUCCCAGAUGUUAAGGAAGAGUGUUGAAACGCGCGACUGGGUUAACACCAUCGAGCCACGGAACGUCCGUGCUGUCAUGAAGAGGGUAGUAGAGGACACCACGUCAAUUGAUGUUCAGGUGGGUCUGUUGUAUGAAGAAGGUGUGAGGAAGGCUCACAGCAGCGACUCCAGCAAAAGGACCUUUUCUGUCUAUAGUAGCUCCAGGCAGCAAGCCCGCUACGCCGCCAGCUACACUCCAAGUGCUCCAAUGGAUACCAACCUGCUGAGCAACAUACACAAGCUGUUUUCUGAGAGGAUCGACAUAUUCAGCUCAGUGGAGUUCAACAAGGUCUCUGUGAUGACAGGAAUCAUCAAAAUCAGUUUGAAAACUUUUCUGGAAUGUGUCCGGCUGCGCACUUUUGGCCGCUACGGUCUGCAGCAGAUCCAGGUGGACUGUCACUACCUGCAGAUGUAUUUGUGGCGCUUUGUGUCUGACGAGAAUCUUGUACACUUCCUGCUGGAUGAAAUCGUGGGAAGCUCCGCUCACCGCUGCUUGGACCCUUCUCCGAUGGAACAAAGUGUGAUUGAAGUCAUCUGUGAAAGAGGUUAAGGGACCGUUCAUCCAGCUUUAAAACAUGUAUCUGCCCUAACAGCAAAAGGUUUUCUACUAGUCAAGAAAAAAAAUGACAUUAAUUUAAGCUCGCUUAGAGUUAAAAUUGACAUUUUCAUAUUUAAACUUUAAAAUAUUGAAGAACUAAUUGAUAAUUUCAUUGAUAAUGAUCAAAAAUGUUAAUCAUUGCAAACCUUAGUAUUGAUGAGAAAAUAUUAAAGACUAAAGAUCAAUGAACCUGUUCCUCUGAAUAAUUAGCUGACCUUUAUUUUAUUUCUAAUAACACUAAAUCCAGCACUUUGAUUAUAAAUGAUUUGUUUGUGUUCCUAUAGUCUGAAUGUAGAAACGUUUACUGGUGAGAAAUGGUCUAGAUGUGUCUUCAAUAAACAAGUUUAAUCCUG